GAGCUCUCCCCCCCCCCAAGGCAGAGCUCCAGGUAGCAGCGCAAGCACUGGAUGUGAUGGGGGCCAAGCCAAUGGACAGGUACAAGGCUUUGAGCGCUGUUGUCAUUGACACGGGGACAGGCCUCACAAGGAGCCGGCUGAAUGGGGAUGAGCAGCUGCGGUCGGUGGUGCCCAGCCAGGCUGGCGGCAGCCCCGUCCUCACCCACGGUGUGGUCACUGACUGGGACGGGCUGGAGGAGCUGUGGCACUGCAUCCUCUACCAGGAGCUGUGUGUCUGCCCCGAGGAGGUGGCCGUGCUGGCCACGGACGCCCCGCUUUCCCCCAUCGCCAACCGGGAGAAGAUGGCCGAGCUGCUCUUCGAGGGCUUCGGGGUGCCGGCCAUGCUGGUGCUGCCCCGCUCCCUGCUCGCCGCAUACUCCUAUGGCCGCACCACCGGUGUGGUGGCGGGCUCCGGCGCCGGUACCUCAUGCGCGGCAGGGGUGCGGGAAGGCUACGCGCUGCCACACGCCACCUUCCCCCUGGACGUGGCUGGGGAUGCCCUCACCCUCUACCUGGGCCAGCUGCUGGAGUCCCGCGGGGUCCACCUCGACACUUACCCCUGUGCCACCUGAAGGAGACCU